GGAAAUAGGAGGCGGUUCGGUGGGCGACGGCGGCGGAUUCGAGAGCUCGACUUGUCACAAGUGGUUCUUCUGUGAGCUGCUAGUCGGAGUGGGCGUGGGGCCUGCGGCCGGGGUGGGGGUGUGAUGCCGUCAGAGGGCCGCUGUUGGGAGACUCUGCAGGCUCUGAGGAGUUCCGACAAAGGGCGCUUGUCCUACCACCGUGACUGGCUUCUGAGGGGCGAGGAGAUUUUGGAAGAAUGUAUGUCCCUUCCAGAAUUGUCUACUUACUCUGGAUGGGUAGUAGACCACAUCUUGCCUCACUCUCACCAGAAUCAACUUCUCUCUGAGAAUUCAACACUAUCUUCUGCUCCUGACCAAGUAUUAUCUACUCCCAAAUCUCCUGCCAGACAUGCAGAGAUAUCCUCACCAGUUUCCCCUAGAGCACCAAGUGGAACUCAGAGUCAGGAUGAAUACCAUCAGGCAAAAUUUGUGGUACUUCGUCCCUCCCGGGGAAUGGAAGUGGAGGGAUGCAUUCGAAUGUAUGAGGAGGUACAUAGGAUGAAAGGAACUAAAGGAUUAAGGCAAUGGCAAGAGGAGCAUGAAAGGAAGGUACGGGUCCUCUCUGAAAUGGCAUCAGAGCAACUGAAGCGGUUUGAUGAGCGAAAGUCGUUGAAACAGCACAAGGAAUAUCAGGACCUUCGUGAGGUGAUAGAGAAAAGUUUCAAAGAAGCACAAGGUCAGCAGGAAAAGUUAAAAGAGGAACAUCGUCAUAGAGCCAAGAUUCUCAACCUGAAGCUACGUGAAGCUGAACAACAGCGGUUGAGGCAGAUAGAACAAGAGCGGCUUAGAAAGGAGGAAGGUCAGGAUCGUUUGCGACGUCUCUAUGCCCUUCAAGAGGAGGUGUUGCAGCUCAACCAACAGCUGGAUCCUAAUUAUCAGCACAAAGACCUGUUGAGAAUAGACCUGUCUAGUUAUGGAAGCAAAGGAAACCAUUUAUGUGGGCUUAUCUCAGGUAUCAUUCGGACCACCAGUGAGAGAGGUUUUCCUACCCCAGAGGAUGAAGCCAUGGCAGAACGCGCCUUACAGGAGAUGCGGCAGGUGCUCACCAGCUUGCAACAGGAGAUUUCCAAAGCUAUUGAAGAAAAGAGGAGACGAGACGAAGAAGAGGCCAAGCAGAAGCAGAGGGAAUUACAGCAGCAGCCAAAAGCAGAGAAGGAAACCCCGGUUCCUACCCAUUCCCCAGGAGGAAAACAGAGAGAAGGCCUCCAGGUGAAAGCAGUAGACAGUACAAUGCAGUGGUACCAACAGCUGCAGGAUGCUGCCAGUCAAUGUGUUUUGGCCUUUGAUGGGUUAACCAACAGCAAAGAUCAUCAGACUAAAAAGAUUAAGAUGGACCUGCAGAAAGCUGCCACCAUUCCUGUCAGUCAGAUCUCUACUAUAGCAGGCUCCCAGCUAAAGGAAAUAUUUGAUAAGAUCAACAGUCUGCUCUUGGGAAAGGCUGUUCACUGUGGAGGUCGGGCUGUGUCAGUGACGAACCAUCAACAAGGACUGGACUUUGUCCAUUACAAGCUGGCAGAGAAAUUUGUGAAACAAGGAGAAGAAGAAGUGGCUUCUCACCAUGAAGCAGCAUUCCCCAUUGCUGUUGUAGCAUCAGGAAUCUGGGAACUCCAUCCCAGAGUUGGGGACCUCAUCCUUGCUCAUCUUCACAAAAAGUGCCCUUACUCUGUGCCUUUCUACCCAGCCUUCAAGGAGGGAAUGGCCUUGGAAGAAUAUCAGAAGCUCCUUGGCUACCUAGUAAAGGAUUCCAAAGUCGAACAACAGGAUAAUUUCCUGAAACGCAUGUCUGGGAUGAUUCGUCUCUAUGCUGCCAUCAUUCAACUCCGUUGGCCUUAUGGAAAUAGGCAAGGGGCUCACCCUCAUGGUUUAAAUCAUGGCUGGCGAUGGUUGGCACAGAUCUUGAAUAUGGAGCCUCUCUCAGAUGUGACUGCCACGCUUCUGUUUGACUUCUUAGAGGUAUGUGGGAAUGCACUCAUGAGACAGUACCAAGUUCAGUUCUGGAAGAUGAUGCUACUCAUAAAAGAAGAAUAUUUCCCCAGAAUUGAAGCCAUCACCAGUUCAGGACAAAUGGGGUCUUUCAUACGUCUCAAACAAUUCCUGGAGAAAUGUCUACAACACAGGGAGAUUCCCAUCCCAAAGGGCUCUCUGCCCUCUUCUUUCUGGCGUUCCUGAUGGUGACUUGGGUGCUGGUUCCUUUCUUGGAAGGAAAGAAAUAAAGCAACAGAAGACAGCAGAGUUUUAGGGGAAGUUGUCUCAGGGAGGUUAUUUUCACAGUUUUAAUGUCUUCUCAAACUUGAUCAUGAAUUCAUCAAGGAUCUUCACUUUGUUGACAUAGUAACCAAGAAGAGGAUGAGCUUUGAUAACCAUGGAAUAGUAAAAGGAAUUUAACAGUUUUAUUCUUAAUGAAAGAUAUAGGAAAAAAAGAUAUUUAGUUAAUAAUUAUGAUAAUAAGUUCACAUUCAUAAAUCAUUUUAUGACUGCAAUGUGCUUUUGAAUGAUCUUGCUCCUUACAACAGUACUUUCUGGUAGGUAGUGUAAAUGCUAUUGUCCCUAUUUGGCAGAUAAAGAAACAGGCUCAGAAAGUUUGUGACUUGCCUCAUAGUCACACAGCUACAGAACUUAUCUCAACUUUCCUUCCUUUUUUAUAUCUUUCUAGCAAUUUGGGCAUUAGGUUUAGAGUAGAGUCAGUUCCUCAUAUUCAGCUGAAUUCCUUGAAAAGGAACAAAGUUUAGAGAGUACUUUUUGGAAUUCUCAUUGAAUGGUAAUAAAUAUGGUUCAGAUCCCUUUGUAAAAUUGCAAUCAUAAGUCUGGUUUCUAUUAUAUUCAUUUUUCACAACUUUGGAUUAAAUGUGCUUGAUAGAUUGUGUUAAAUUCAAAAAGACAUGCUCACUUCAACAACACAUAUAUUAAAUCUAAAAAUGCAACCAAUUCAGCUGGAAUCAGUGAUCUUAAAGAGAUGCCAUUUUAAGUUGGGAGUUUUUGCAAGGUAUUGAUUUCUUUAGGCUUUGCUUUGUUUUUACUUGUCCACCUCACAGCCAAUUCCUUGAUUUUUGCAAUUUAUCUAGGAUUUGUUGAAGUUCAUGCCAUCUGUAUUAAUUGUGGAGGGGAGUUUUCAUGAGCCACGGAUUAAAUGCAAAAAAAAAUUAUGUUAUAAGUCUGGAGAAUAAUAAGAAUACAUUUGCUAUAUCCAUCAACUUGGGUUGUUGGGAAAUUCUGGAUUUGUUGUUAGGAAAAGAACCAUUCCCCUUUUACAACUUGGAAGGGAUAACUAUAUAUCUAUUCCUUGGUGUCUAAUUAGAAUGUGUGUAAUAUAAAGCCUAGUAGUUUUUUAAUACUCAUGUGGUAUGAAGUGAUUCAUUCUGUGAAUGGUUGACUAUAUACUUCUAAAAAAGAAAUAAUAAAAGUUUUAUUUCUAA